CUUAAUCUUACAUUAAAAAAGAGAGAUUAAGAUACAUCAAAUGAGAAAUAAAAUAUAAAUUCUUAAAAGUAAAAGGCGAUUUCAGAUAAGGAUUUUGAAACAAAAGGAUGUAAAUAUAAACUUUUCCAAUGUAAGGUAGUUUUUAGUAAUUUGCACCUACACUAUUGGUCCAAUAAUUGAUAUAACGAUAAUGCAUUAGUUAAAAAAAAAAAAAAAAAAAGGUGACGCGCCAAAUAAUUCUCUGAAACAAACAAAACUGACGAUACUAUUACUAUAGCCAUUACCGCCGGUCUGCCACUGUCGAGCAAAUGGAAGCAGCAGUCAUUACCAAAACUACCACCGUCUUCAGAUUACCUCCAUCUCCGUUAUGCUUCGCCGCACUCCGCCACCGCAACUCCUCAUUUUCCUCGUCCACUAAAACCUCUCUAUUAUUUCCCCGUUUUAAAGCAUCUCAUCAGUUGAUUACUCGCUGUGCUGUUGAAAGACCCGAUACGGGAAGUUAUGAUGGAGCCGGUGAAAGCUAUGAUGCUGCUUCUGCUAUAAAUUUAACAAAUGGAUCCAAUUUUCUUCAGUCAUUGUUUGAUUUUACAUCAUCUAACUUUCUUCCUAUAGCUUUAAUAAGUGCAGUAGCUUUAGGAAUGGCUAGUCCAACUCUUGGUUGUUAUGCGCAUAAGUAUUCUUUAUCAAAGUUCACUACUUUCGGUAUUUUCUUUAUUUCAGGAUUAAAGUUGAAAGGUAAAGAAAUUGGUGAAGUUGCAGAAGCAUGGCCUGUAGCUAUAUUUGGUCUAGCUUCUAUCUUGUUGUUUACUCCUUUCUUCUCCUAUCUAAUAUUGCAAGUUCGACUUGCACCUCAAGAGUUUGUAACAGGAUUGGCUAUUUUUUGUUGUGUGCCAACAACAUUAACCAGUGGAGUUGCAUUGACACAACUUGUUGGUGGGAAUACUGCCCUUGCUCUAGCAAUGACGGUGAUUUCUAAUCUACUAGGAGUUCUAACGGUGCCCUUUUGGGUCUCAAAGUUUUUAGCUGAUGGUUUUGGUGUAUCCAUCCCAACUAAAAACCUAUUUUGGAGUCUCAUAUUCACACUUCUUGUUCCUUUAGUUCUUGGAAAGGUAGUCCGGAAUAGCUUCAAAGGUUUGGCAACAUACAUUGAUGAAAAUUCUAGGACUUUCUCAGUAAUCAAUACCUUUCUCCUUAGCCUUACCCCAUGGAUGCAAGUUAGUAAAUCUAGAUCAUUGCUUCUAUUGGUUAAGCCGCAGGUGUUUACUGAAGCUAUCGCGAUGGGAAUACUUGUGCAUCUCGUUUUACUGGGAUUUAACAUCAUUUUGGUGAAAGCCUUAUCAGCUGGAUUUGGCGGUAGAGAGUCAGUUCUUGCAAAGAGAAAGAAUGCCCGAGCUCUCUUGAUUGUCUGUAGUCAGAAAGCAUUGCUUACUGUUAUAGUUGUAGUGGAACAGCUCAGUGGUGCACUUGGUCAAUCUGGGCUAUUAAUUCUUCCUUGCGUUGCAGCGCAUAUUAACCAGAUCGUGGUCGACUCAUUUCUAGUAAACUUUUGGGUUCAAAAGGAUAAGUCACACAACCAAAUUAAGGAAUUCUGAGGCUUGCUGUCAUUAGUUGAGAAGCAUCUCUCUACUGAAAAGGGCGCAGUUAUAUAUUCUUCAGAGUUCCUAUACAUAUAUAUAUGUAUGUUACUGGAAUGAAGAAUUGUACAAAUGUAACAAUUCAUUAGCCUAUUCCUUUGUCUCUUAAUUGAUCGAUUUUGCUGGCUAUGAUGGCCAUUUGAUCUUUACAAGCCAUGUUCUGUUAAUCAUUGAUAAUGAUAAAGAGAUUACUUUCAA